AUGUCCUGCAGCAGAGUGCGACUGUCUAACGGCGUGGCUUCCAGCAUCUACAUGAAAACGAGCUGCGCCCGUGACUGGCACGACCGCCAGGUGCGUGCUGAGUGCGAGGAGACGGCCGCCGAAGGAGACCCAUUUCUGGACAUCCCGGUGACGAGCCGGAACACCAACAUCACGUACAGAAACGUUCGUUGCGCCGUCUGUAACCGCGACUUCAACGUCAAGAUGUGGAAGGCUUUCCUCCGGUCCAUAAGCAGCGAGCGCCCCGGGUCCUGUUCGCCCAGAAGCAACCCGUCCGAAUGCCCCCUCUUCCUCAGCUGCCCGGACUUUAUGCACAAACACAAGCCGCAGCAGUACUUCCGCGUCUGCAAGUCCGACGUUAUCGCAGACUGUCCCGCCGACUUCCACAGCCGCAACGAAAAGCUGAAAGAAGGAUGCCGCGCUUAUUUCGCUCCUGUGACCGACCAGCUGACCAGGUUGACGUACAAAAAUCCAUUCUGUGCAUCUUGCUACGGUGUCCAGCGUGAAGACAUGAGGUGCCCGGAGGACAGGUUAGUUGACUAUCCUUCUACGGAAUGGGACGAAGAGUCUAUCCCCGAAGAAGAAUUCUUGCCGUCCUACGCCCUCCUCAUUGACGUCGACUUCGCCAGAGGGGGCGUCAAGGUGGGCCUGGAGGACCGCUGUGCUCCAAACCAGGCGUACGACCCCUGGAAAGAGCGCUGCAGAAACUUGGUUUGUGGCCAGCUCUACGAGAAACAAGAAGGCCGCUGCGUGGCGGGAGCAUUGAUGAAGGCGUACAAUAGCGCCGUUCAUCACACGCUGCUCGCGUCCAACUGCAGUAAGGUGGCACUGGACAAAGACGAGUUCACACUCUGGAACAAUUACACGACCACCCUACGGAACGGCGAGCUUCUGGUGCCUGGCGAAUACGAGUUGCUCCACAACACCAUUCUCAUUUGCGCUUUUUCGCCGAGGAUGUCCAUGUACAAGUUUAAGGACAUUGGGGGCUACUUUACGCUCGCCGGCAGCGUCGUAUCCUUGAGCUGUCUUCUCAUAAAGAUGUGCCUGUACUUCUUCACUUCGCGCGUCAAAAAGCUCCCGGACCACUUAAUCUUGAUGCUCUCCGUUUCUAUUUUUGCGGCACAGCUUCUCUUCCUGUUUAUCCUGAUCGUUGAAAACUACCAAACACUGUGCGUCGCGGUUGGACUUCUGGUGCACUAUUUUUUUCUCGCCAGCUUUUUCUGGACCAAUGCUCUGGCGUUCGACCUCUGGCGGUCUUUUGUUAGCGUCGUACGGACCAGGAAAACCAAUCGCGGCAAAACAUUGUGCGCCUUCAACGCCUACUGCUGGACCAUGCCUUUUCUGGUGGUGUGCGCGGCCGGAGGGGCCGACUUCCUCCUGCCUCGGCACUCGUUCUCGCCUCGCUACGGACAAGGGAUCUGCUGGAUUUCCAACCGGAUGGCGCUGCUGGUCUUCUUCGCCGCUCCCAUCGCCUCCAUCAUCUUCAGCAACAUGGCGCUGUUCGCGAUGUCCGUUGUCCGCAUCUCCGGCACCAUGUCCAGGACGGACCAAGCCCGGCAUAGGGCGAGCAAGGGAAGACUUCUCAUCUACUUCAAGCUCGCCCUUGUCAUGGGGAUGACCUGGACGUUUGGGUUCGUGGCUCCGUUCGCCAACAUUCAGGCGCUCUGGUACGUUUUUGUCAUUCUGAACAGUUUGCAGGGCGCAUUCGUGCUCUUCGCUUUCACCAAACUGGAGGUGAGGGCCAACCUGGAGGCCUUCGCCACUUGGCUGCGUCGAAGCAGUGACCAGAAGAGGAGCUCAUUGUCCAAAACCAUUGUGUCCGGUCUCUGA